GGAUGUCUCCACAUGACAAACGAAACUUGCGCACAUGGGAUGGGUUUAGUUCCCGCUAAUUUCGUGAUAUCUCCUUUUUCCAAUUUGCCAUUCUAAGGGAAGGCUUCCAUCCAAACCCAUAGGAUUAGGGGUAGGGGAUGGCUCUCAAUCUCUCUCUGAUUUAAUUAAACACCAAACACAAAAAAUCACACCCACCUUACCACCACCUUCACUCUCUCCUUCUCCUUCCCUUGUCUAAGGGACCAACAAUACCAUAAUAAAUUCUAUACUUCUUUUCUCUUCCACGCCCCUUCACUCUGUCUUGCUGUGCUUUUCACUCGGUCCCAUUCCAUGGAUUCUUCUGCCUCUGUGGAUGCAUUGAGCAAUGGCUUCAAAAACCACCUUUCUUUGUAUCAAUCUCAUAAUAAUAAUAAUGUUGUCUCCAACCCCAGAGUCAAACCUAAGCAACCCUUUUUCAUUGGUGUUGCUGGUGGCACUGCAUCUGGCAAAACUACCGUUUGCAACAUGAUCAUCUCCCAACUGCGUGAUCAGCGCGUUGUUCUCGUAAAUCAAGAUUCAUUUUAUCACUCCUUGAAUGCUGAGAAGUUGAAAAGGGUCCAUGAGUACAAUUUUGACCAUCCUGAGGCCUUCGAUACAGAGCAUAUGCUUUCUUGUAUGGAGCAAAUAAAGCGUGGACAGGCAGUGACCAUCCCAAAUUAUGAUUUUAAGACCCAUCAAAGCAUAGAACCAGCUUGCAAGGUUAACCCCUCAGACAUCAUCAUCUUAGAAGGAAUAUUAGUUCUUCAUGAUCCUCGUGUCCGCGAUCUUAUGAACAUGAAAAUCUUCGUAGACACAGAUUCUGAUGUACGUCUUUCUCGGAGAAUUCAACGUGACACUGUUGAAAGAGGCAGAAAUAUCGAGAAUGUGCUUGACCAAUACGCCAGAUUCGUGAAGCCUAGCUUCGAAGAAUUCAUAUUGCCAUCCAAAAAGUAUGCAGAUAUCAUAAUCCCUCGAGGAGGAGAUAAUGAUGUUGCAAUUGAUCUGAUAGUACAACAUAUUCAUACAAAGCUUGGCCAGCAUGAACUCUGUAAAAUAUAUCCAAACGUUGUCGUUAUAUUUUCUACAUUUCAGAUACGGGGAAUGCACACCCUAAUUCGUGAUGCCAAAACAACAAAGCAUGACUUUGUCUUCUAUGCAGACCGACUGAUUCGCCUGGUUGUGGAGCAUGGACUAGGUCAUCUCCCCUUCAAGGAAAAGCAGGUUAUUACUCCAACGGGAUCUGUAUACAGUGGAGUUGUUUUCUACAAACGGUUGUGCGGGGUUUCAGUCAUUAGAAGUGGAGAAAGCAUGGAGAAUGCACUCAGAGCAUGUGUCAAGGGAAUAAAAAUUGGAAAAAUCCUCAUCCAUGGAGAGGGUAACAAUGGUCGAGAGGUUCGUGGAGGAAACAAUUUUUCACCAAAAGAAACAAUAUCUACCCUUGUUUUUCUUAUGAAACACACUCUCUCUCUCUCUCUCUCUCUCUCUCUCUCUCUCUCUCUCUCUCUCUCUCAUAUCCUUGCAAUGUUGCUGCAGUUGAUCUAUGAGAAGCUACCAAAAGACAUCUCAAGCCGCCAUGUGUUAUUUCUUGAUCCUGUUCUGGCUUCAGGAAACUCUGCCAUCAACGCUAUAUCUCUGCUCCUCAGUAAGGGUGUACCAGAAUCCAACAUCAUCUUCCUUAACCUUAUAGCAGCACCGGAUGGAAUACAUGCCCUCUGCAAGAGAUUUCCAAAGCUAAAACUUGUUACAUCAGAGAUUGACGAAUCUUUGAACGAAGAUUUACGUGUGAUCCCCGGCAUGGGGGAGUUUGGAGACCGUUACUUUGGUACAGAUAAUGAAGACGGUACCAUUUCAAAUUCAACGACACCCAAAUAAAUGUUAAUUUCCUUUGGGUGUGGAAGAGCUGGGGCAUUGCUUAGGUUCAUUCCAAUGUCUAAUAAUGUAGCAAUCGCUGAGAUUUUGCUGAGAUUUUGUUCAAUCAAUCGUAUAAAGUCUACCCAUUUGAGA